AUGUUUUGUUAUGUGAACUGGACUCGAUUGACGAUAAAGAAGUUGCUCAUGAUAUUCAUGAAGGGCAUCAACAUUGAGGAGAUUGACGAGGACAAAGAACGCUUUCUGAUGGAAGUGCUGGCAGCGAGCCUUGUGUACUACCUGAGACCUGAGUUGGCAGUGAGGUCCGGUCGGCAUCGGACUUGUCGUCCAUUACUCUUCUCUUGGGAUACAUUGCAGAUCCUCAGCAAUGACAAAUAUCAAAGCAUUGAGCACCGAGUUUUCUUAACGGGGAAUAUGAACAGGUUCUUUAUCCCUAUUUUUGCCAAUGCCUUGAGUGACUUAAUCCUUGGGCCUCUGCCUGAGGUGUUGGGCCAUGGCAAAAAGCCCAAGUAUAAGCGCAACAAACAUCCACUGCUCUUGGUCACGUGUAUAAAUCCACCAACAUUGUCCUACAAGAGAAGAGUAAUGGACGACAAGUUCGAAUGCCGGCUGGACCCCACUGCCAAGUCAGGUCUCGGGUAG